UAAGCAUGAAAAUUACUUGCAGUCUAAUUCGACGCGCGUUUUUUUCUGACAUAUUGUCUUCGUCCUGCAGGAAGAUGUGUGAUUUCGACGGCGUCAUGCGGAGCCAAUCAUUGUCUCUUUCACACUCUCGCUAACCAUUUCACAACAGCCAUACGAGGAACAGGGCCAGUGCGAUCCUCGGCUGUUUCGCUCCGUGCCCUGAGGGACAUAUUCCUCGUCCUCGAUCAUCCCCAGGAUUCACAAAGGAAUAGAAAUGCGUGGAUAACUCAGAUGUAAGGAAAUACCACUGUUUGGUUCUGUUUGCGUCUCGGAUAGUCUGUAGAGUCCAACUUAUUUUGGGUAGUUUAAUGGCUGCAAGGACUCCCCCCGUGCAGAAGUGUAGCCUACAUGUGAACGCACAUCAGUGGAGUGCAUGUUAGACGCCUGCAGUGGGGUACACCGUAUACUCAUUAUUUUUUUUUGCGUUACGGAAAAAGAAUGACAGCGGUUUACUGUGGCUUGCUGUGAUUCGCGAGUGUUUGGGAAGACAGUUCUGGUCCGAGGAGCCCAUGCAGCCGCAAAGGGAGAGGAGUGAAGUCCGACCCCGAGCUGGAUGGAUGGUUAUGGGGAAGAGAGCAAGGCUGUCGGCGCUUGAAGUGUGCAACAUCCUCAUCACGAUCCUCUCCCUGUUCCCCGUCGCCAGCCUGCAGUGCAAGAUCCUCAAGUGCAACUCGGACUUCUGGGCCUCCACCUCCAACUCGGCCCGGGAGGAGGAGUUCUGCACGGCGCUGCGGGCGUACAACGGCUGCGUGCGGCGGACGGCCCGCACCUGCCGCGGCGACCUGGCGUACCACUCGGCGCAGCACGGCAUCGAGGACCUCAUGAGCCAGCACAACUGCUCCAAGGAGGGGCCCACCGCGCCGCCCCGGGCCCACACGUCCGCCCCACCGCCGCCGUCCAAGCCGCCGGCCCCGGACAGCCAGGAGCGCUCCGACGGGCCCGAGGUGUGCCACUACGAGCGCAGCGUCCCCCGGCACGCCCCGCAGCACAACUACACCCACUGCGGCUUCUUCGGGGAUCCCCACCUGCGCACCUUCGGCGACGAGUUCCAGACCUGCCGGGUGGAGGGCGCCUGGCCCCUCAUCCACAACAAGUUCCUGUCGGUGCAGGUCACCAACUCGCCCGUGGUCCCCGGGAGCCUGGCCACUGCCACGAGCAAGCUGACCAUCAUCUUCAAGAACUUCCAGGAGUGCGUGGACCAGAAGAUGUACAAGGCCGAGACGGACGAGCUGCCCGCCGCCUUCGCCGACGGCUCCAAGAACGGCGGCGACCGCCACGGCGCCAACACGCUGCGGGUGGUUGAGCGGGUCCCGGGGCAGCACGUGGAGAUCCAGGCGCGCUACAUCGGCACCACCAUCGUGGUGCGGCAGGUGGGCCGCUACCUGACUUUCGCCGUGCGCAUGCCGGAGGAGGUGGUGCACUCUGUGGAGGAGGGCGACGACCAGGACCUGUACCUCUGUCUGCACGGCUGCCCCGCCAACCAGCUCAUAGACUUCAGGACGUUCAGGGCCCGCGCCACCGAGACCCAGGGCAAAGCCCGGGUCCGCAGCGGCACCGCGCCGCACGGCUUCACCUACCAGGCGGCCCGGGCCCGGUGCAAAGAGCGCCUCCCGGUGGAGGACGUCUACUUCCAGUCCUGCUUGUUCGACCUGCUCUCAUCGGGCGACAUCAACUUCACCAUGGCGGCUUACUACGCCUUCGAGGACGUCAAGAUGCUCCACUCCAACAGCAAGAGAUACCACCUGUUUGAGAAGGACCCCUUUGUGGGGAACGCUGCCCCGGCGGGGUUGCAUUGGCUGCAGCUCGUCCUGGUCCACUGUCUGACCGUCUAUCUGUGGACGGAGUGCUGCUCGGCCCAGCUCUAGUCCCCCGCCCUCCCGCCGCCCGCGUCGGCUCUGCCGGCGGGUUUAAAGGAGUACCGUCACUGUAUUGUAGAUGAGCUGCGGUGUGAGCUCCGGUUGUUUGACUGGUGACUAGCCAGCUUCAGCACUCAUCCCCGAGUUACAUGUCGUCCUCAUAAGAUGUUUUCUGUCUUGGAUUAUUGUGGUGCCGCCCUCAGCUCCGUGCUCCUCAUCAUCACUCGCUUUUUAAGAUGGUUAACGGCACUGCUAUCUGUUGAAAGGUGGUGGAGGGUGAGGGGGAGCCCUGGGUUCUGGAUAUCCAGCCGAGAUUAAACCUGGCCUCUUCGCUAGGGGGGGUGCCUGCUCAUGGGAAGCCGGACCAGAUGAUCUUCUGCAGAAAGAGGAGUUUGUUGAUCCUUCUCCGCUUAUCCCCUGAUUGGUGCCCGGCCAGGGAAGCUCUCAGGGCUCGUAUUGCUCGGCUCAAAGACCUGAGAAGGCCUUUUGUUAACCUAUGGCCAGGAGCAGCUCUCUGUUUGAUGAGUUUCCAGCUCCCCAAAGCCAGAGCUUUUUGUAGUAAGCGCUGGGCCGACAGGAUGCCAGAGCAGUGUCUCCAGUGGUCUGCUUCAGUGAUUAAUGGUACAUAAAGUGUGCGUUUGUGUGAGUGUUCGUGUGUGUGUGUGUGUGUGUGUGUGUGUGUGUGUGUGUGUUUGUCUGUGCGUGUGUGUGCGCGUGUGUGUGUGUGUGAGAGAAACCUAGGAUUGAUAUUUGCCGAUAUCGGUUAACUAUGUUUUGUUUAAUGUGUGUAUGCCGUGUUGGUUAUGUAUUAAUUUUGGACAUGAACAAACCUCCUUUAGGAGAUAUAUUUCAUCUAUCUUUCAAUUGCACGCAGAGAGAAAGAUAUCCGGGUCUGUGUUCAAAGAGAGGUCUCAAUAUGCCAAGUGGAAGGGGAUGGACACAGCUUCCAUGGCCACGUCCACCCAGUCAACUCUUGAAGCCCUUUAUGACGUUACGCAUUUUAGGCUUUUUUCAAUUCAUAGGUAAUAAUGAAUGUACUUGGGUAAAUGUACAGAAAACACCGAAAAUAAAUGUGCAAUGGACGCAAGAAGUUACUUUAUUUCACCUCAUAAUCUAUUGGAUCAUCAUUGACAUUGCAUAUCUCUUUCAAACUGCCAUUUGUCUGCAGCAGAGGCCAUCUAAGCUGUAUUUAUAAGCGUCCACCAUCAUUUAGACAUUAAUCAUUGGCUCUUGCUCAUUUUCAAACCAGCCAUUUGAUAGAUGAAAAUAAUUCCACUCUUCAAUGAUUUAAAAUGUAUGUUUGGCUACUGGCAUUCAUCUGGGGCUCAGAUUGUUGCAUUACAAUAAGCAUUGGCAAUAACCUCCAAUCACAUACUAAUUGUUGAUUGUCUUCUGAUGAAAUGGUGGUCGGAGAUAGACCAACAAGCUGUUACUGACCGUGACUGUGUUGCACAUCCGGCACAAUAGCUUCGGCUGACUUGAUGCUGGCAGAUGGCGGUUGGCUUUAGGCAGCAACUGUAAGGUUCUUGGUCCUCGUUUUCGCGAGUACAGUUGGAUUGAUGGUAAUGCAUUCUUACACUGAAGUACACAGCAGGUGUGACUACUGCUUUCUCUGUGUGGAUUAGUGCGGUUUGACAAAAAAAGAACACCCACAAAAAAACAAACACAAACCAGUUGAUUGUAAUGUUGAAUCUUGCGUUCAUAGAUGUAGUUUGUAUUGUGCGUUUAUUGUAAAUGGUUCUAUGUGUGUAAUGUGACAGUGUAUAUACGUUUUGCGAAUUGUUAUCAAGUUUGAGUUUGAGUGUUCUAAUGGUUGUGUUGAAUUUAUCACUACAGUCGUGUCUUUUAAAAUGAACAUUUUGUAUAAUGUGAACGUUUUGUUUCAAAAGGGAUUUUGCAAAAACAUGAACACUACAAAACAAAUAUUAAGUGGUAAGAUAAGUAAUACGCAACUAUUCACUUUAAAUAGUAUGACAAAAUAGACGUUUAAUCGCUCGUCUGCAAUUACAUGCAAAAGGUUGAACAUAAGCUACACCUAAUGCAGGCCACUUAUUUAAAAAUGGAAAGGUGGAAUGUCUUUUGAGGUGUUCAUGUUUUUGAGUUAAAAGCACUUUAAGUUGACCAUUUCAUUUAGCUCUUGUUCUGUUUGAACUUCAUUGUGAAUAGUCUGUCAGACUGUAUAUGGCAAAAGUUACACAUUCAAAAGAAAAUAGUCAAAAGAGGCCAUAAAGAUCAAAAUGUUUAGAUGUAAAACUAAAGUAGUGGCUCAUGGCUAUUGUUUAUAAUGUAAAUUAUUUAUUGAAUUAAAUAAAACGUGUUGUUAAAAGAUU